AUGCAUCCUUAUAUAUCAAACUAUCCUAUUCCAACAUAUCCAUCAUUAUCAUCAUUUGUUCAUCCACUUAUACCUUCAGUAAAUACUAAUGUUAUGGCAACAUUUCCAUUUUUUCAUGGAUCACCUGAUCGAUUUACAGAAUUUCUUCUUGAUUCUCGUCAUCCACGUAAACAACGUCGUUCUCGUACUGCUUUUACCAGUCAACAAUUACAUGCAUUAGAAAGAUGUUUUGUUAAAACACAUUAUCCUGAUGUUGUUAUGAGAGAAAAACUUGCUCUUUAUACAAAUUUACCUGAAGCUCGUGUACAAGUAUGGUUUAAAAAUCGUCGAGCUAAAUAUCGAAAGAAACAAAAAAUAAUUGUUGAUACAUCAAAAAAACGAACAACAGUUGUAAAUGAUAUUCAAACAAGCGAUGAUGAUGAUGGUGGUGAUGAUGAUGAUGGCAAUGAUUCAAAUUUAAAACAUGAUACAA